UCAACCUUUAAGACCUCUACUUUCCCCGCAAAUUUCUUUCAUCAUCUUAUCAUUUUCACUAAAACCUGCAUUCUCUUUCUCAUUGUUCAUCAUCCUCCACCACACCACCAACCAUGGCGAACGCAGCGUCUGGAAUGGCAGUGAAUGAUGAAUGUAAGUUGAAGUUUUCGGAGCUAAAAUCAAAGAGGAACUAUCGAUUCAUUGUCUUUAAGAUCGAACAACAGCAAGUGGUUGUUGAGAAGGUUGGAUCUCCUAAUGAUAGUUACGACGAUUUCACAAACUCUCUACCUGCUAAUGAAUGUCGUUAUGCUGUCUUUGACUUUGACUUUACAACCGAUGAGAAUUGCCAGAAAAGCAAGAUUUUCUUCAUUGCUUGGGCACCUGAUACAUCUAAGGUGAGGGAAAAAAUGGUGUAUGCAAGCUCUAAGGACCGAUUCAAGAGAGAAUUGGAUGGAAUCCAAGUCGAGUUGCAAGCCACAGAUCCAAGCGAAAUGAGCCUCGAUAUCGUAAAAGCACGAGCACUCUAAUCACGACAAACGCUUCGUUUGAUAAGUCCCCGUACACUCGCUACAUACGCGUUAUUAUGUCCUUUAUUUGCCUUGUUAUUUUUGCCUGAUAAAAUUACAUUCAUCAUUGUAGUUAUAAUGUAACAUUACCAUGCCUCAUAUUGUAAUCUUGAACAAAUUUAAUUUCAUUUAUCUAAAAUGAUUCUUUAUUUA